AUGGGAGGCGGGAACGCCUCCGAGGGAGCCGGAGGCCGAGCCGCGCCGGCCCGCGCCCCGCCGCGGAGGACCGCGGGGCUGACCACACGCGCGCCGGCCCGGCUGCCCUGCUCCCGCGCCCGGCCCGCGCCCCAGCCCGCGCCCCUGCCGGCGCCCGGCCCGCGCCUGGCCCCCUCCCGCAGCCGUGCGCUCUCGCGCCCGGCCGCCAGCGACUUCCCGGGUCCUCCGGGCCCCGCGCAGACCCUUCCUCCGGCCGCCGCUCCCGGAUGUCACCGAGUCCCCAGGUCCCGACUCGCGCUGGCCCUCUCCCGCUCCUUGGCGGAUCUGGCCGACCCCAGCGCCAGGUUGGUGCCCCCACCUCGCCGUCCCCGCGACCGCUCCCCCGUGGAAAUAAGGGAGGUGGAAACGGGGCCUCGCCAGGAGCUCGGGGCCGGGGUUGGCGGCGAGGGUGCCUGCGGCGCGCGCUGCUGGAGCCUGGAGGCUUCCCAGCGCAUCUUCGGGCUUCACCGCGACCGCCCCCUCUUGUCGGGCCCGGCACCUUUCGGCUCAAAGGAGGGGUCCGGCGGCGGGCUCAGGCGGCUGGAGGUUCUGCGGGAUGAGCACAGAGGCGAAUCUUUGUGCCGGCGCCUGCGACUUGCAGUUUCCGGGCGACUGGGCCGGAAUGGAGAGAAGAGGAAUGAGCGGGAGAGAGACCCCAGGCCGCGCAGGAGGUGGCCUCCUCCCGCGGGCAGCGGCCUCUGCACCUGGGAAGCUCCGAAACAGCCCUUCCCGGCCCUUUACUGGAAGUUGGAGGAACGGGAAAGCCUGGUCUCCCAGAGCCUUUCUGGGGCCCAGAACGAGCUGAAUACCAAGAAAGGGCCACGCGACGACGUGCGGGAAGCGUUAAUCUCAGUGCCUGGCUCCGCGCUGGCUACGCCCGCCAGCCCAGGCCUGGAAGAGGGGAGGCCCGACCUUUCCAGCUUCGCGGCUGGGGGUCAUCCUAGACUCGCGCCCCCGAGGCUGCAGCGCGGUGUGGGCAUCACCGGACGCGGCGCGAGGGCUCCUCCCGCACCCGUGGUGGGCUACCGGCGUCGCAGGAAGCGCCUUGGGAGCCCCAUGCACGGGGCGGCGUCCCCUCCUGCCCGAGGGCAGCCUGCAGAGUCGGAGCCCCAACGCUCUGGCCCCUCCGCGCGCCGGCGCUGCGGGCCCUGGGAUGCGCCCCUGAUGCCACCCACCCGGCCACCCACCCGGCCAGGAGCGCAAAGGGCGCCGCCACCCCGCUUUCAGGCCUCGGGGCGGCCGCGGAGCCCUCGGUCCGGGCUGCUGCCCGCGCCUUCGGGGCAAGGACCCGGUGGGCACCUGGCUCCGUGUGGCCGACCCCCCGCCCCCCGCGUGCGUCUGCACCCGGAAGCGCGGCCGGGUGGCCCCUCUGCACCCCCUCCCCAGGCUUCCCGCUAG